AGGACCGACAACGCCCCUACUUCCGGCGCAGGGUAGAGACCAGACAGGCGCGGCGCUCAUCGAUGAUGUCAGCUCCGGUUGCCUUGCUGAGUCGGAAGUGGGAACCUUUUGGUCGCUGUGGCUGUGAGGUGUCGUCGUUGCUGCCCUUUCAGGCUCUGGUACUUUAAUUUACAUGUGUAAGCUCAAUGAGUAUACCUAAACUGGAAUCUCCACAGAGAUUUUCAUCAGGUGAUCAGCCCUCCUUUUCCCUCCCCGCCCCCUAAGCUGGAUGGAGGAGACCCUGAAGUGAAAUGACAGACCAGGAGAAUAACAACAACAUCUCAAGUAACCCCUUUGCUGCUCUUUUCGGCUCCCUGGCUGAUGCCAAGCAGUUUGCAGCAAUCCAAAAAGAGCAGCUGAAGCAGCAAUCUGGGAGGAGCACACUGUGUAACGGCUUAUGUGUUCCGGCAGAUGAGCUCCCAGGAAGCCCAGAUGACUCCGAUAAUAGUGUGUCAGAGAGCCUGGACGAAUUUGACUACUCUGUGUCUGAGAUUAGCCGCUCCUUCCGGUCACGGCAAGAAAUAUGUGAGCAACUCAACAUCAAUCACAUGAUCCAAAGGAUCUUCCUCAUUACUCUGGACAACAGUGAUCCAAACUUGAAAAGCGGGAAUGGCAUCCCCAGCCGGUGUGUGUACUUGGAAGAAAUGGCAGUAGAGCUGGAAGAUCAAGACUGGCUUGAUAUGAGCAAUGUUGAGCAGGCCAUCUUUGCCCGGUUAUUGCUUCAAGAUCCAGGAAACCACUUGAUCAGCAUGACUUCUUCUACAACGUUAAAUCUCUCUGCUGAUCGAGAUGCAGGGGAGAGGCACAUCUUUUGUUACCUUUACUCCUGCUUCCAAAGAGCCAAGGAAGAGAUUACCAAAGUUCCAGAGAACCUGCUCCCCUUUGCAGUACAGUGCAGGAACCUCACUGUGUCCAACACUCGAACAGUUCUCCUCACCCCAGAGAUCUAUAUUGACCAAAACAUCCAUGAGCAACUGGUAGAUUUGAUGUUAGAAGCCAUUCAGGGAGCCCAUUUUGAAGAUGUAACUGAGUUUUUAGAAGAGGUCAUCGAAGCCUUGCUGUUGGAUGAGGAAGUUCGAACAUUUCCUGAAGUCAUGAUUCCAGUGUUUGAUAUUUUACUAGGCCGAAUAAAAGAUCUGGAGCUCUGCCAGACCCUACUGUAUGCAUAUCUGGAUAUUCUUCUCUAUUUCACUAGGCAAAAGGAUAUGGCCAAGGUUUUUUUAGAAUACAUUCAGCCCAAGGAUCCUAGCAAUGGGCAAAUGUAUCAGAAGACCUUGCUGGGAGUAAUUCUGAAUAUCUCGUGCUUGUUAAAGACUCCGGGUGUAGUAGAAAAUCAUGGCUACUUUCUGAAUCCAUCUCGUUCCAGUCCUCAAGAGAUCAAAGUACAAGAGGCCAACAUUCAUCAGUUCAUGGCUCAGUUCCAUGAAAAGAUCUACCAGAUGCUGAAGAACUUGCUCCAGCUCUCUCCAGAAACCAAGCACUGUAUCUUGUUCUGGCUUGGAAACUGUUUGCAUGCAAAUGCAGGCCGCACCAAGAUCUGGGCCAAUCAGAUGCCCGAAAUCUUCUUCCAAAUGUAUGCCUCAGAUGCCUUCUUUCUGAAUCUGGGUGCUGCUCUCCUGAAGCUGUGCCAGCCAUUCUGCAAACCCAGAUCCUCUCGGCUCCUCACUUUUAAUCCCUCAUACUGUGUCCUGAAAGAGUUGAAUGAUGAAGAACGAAAAAUUAAAAAUGUACACAUGAGAGGUUUGGACAGAGAGACCUGCUUGAUCCCAGCUGUGCAGGAGCCAGUGUUCCCCCAGAGCUACAACCUUGUGACGGAGAACCUGGCCCUGACAGAGUAUACCUUGUUCUUGGGCUUUCACAGGUUGCAUGAUCAGAUGGUAAAAAUCAACCAAAAUCUGCAUCGGCUGCAGGUUGCCUGGCGGGAUGCUCAGCAGAGUUCUAGCCCUGCUGCUGACAAUCUCCGUGAGCAGUUUGAACGCCUGAUGACCAUCUAUCUUUCUACCAAGACUGCUAUGACUGAGCCCCAGAUGCUGCAAAACUGCCUGAAUUUGCAGGUGUCCAUGGCUGUUCUGCUGGUUCAACUGGCCAUAGGCAAUGAGGGCUCACAGCCAAUAGAGCUGAGUUUUCCUUUGCCAGAUGGCUACAGCUCUUUGGCUUAUGUGCCAGAAUUUUUUGCAGAUAACCUGGGUGAUUUCCUCAUUUUUCUCCGGCGCUUUGCUGAGGACAUCUUGGAGACAUCAGCAGAUUCCCUGGAGCAUGUCCUUCACUUUAUCACCAUUUUCACUGGAAGCGUAGAAAGAAUGAAGAAUCCCCACCUAAGGGCCAAACUAGCAGAGGUGCUGGAAGCAGUGAUGCCUCACUUGGAUCAGACCCCAAAUCCCUUGGUGUCCAGUGUGUUUCACCGGAAACGUGUGUUCUGCAACUUUACAUAUGCUCCCCAACUUUCAGAAGCCCUAAUCAAGGUUUUCGUGGACAUUGAAUUUACAGGGGACCCCCAUCAAUUUGAACAGAAGUUUAAUUACCGCCGCCCUAUGUAUCCCAUCCUAAGAUACAUGUGGGGGACAGAUAGCUACCGGGAGAGCAUUAAGGAUUUGGCUGACUAUGCCUCUAAGAAUUUAGAAGCUAUGAAUCCCCCACUGUUCCUCCGAUUUCUUAACCUGUUAAUGAAUGAUGCUAUCUUCCUUUUGGAUGAAGCCAUACAGUAUUUGAGCAAGAUAAAGAUUCAGCAGAUCGAGAAAGACCGAGGAGAAUGGGAAAGUCUGACGCCAGAAGCCCGCCGAGAGAAAGAGGCUGGCCUGCAGAUGUUUGGACAGCUGGCACGUUUCCAUAACAUCAUGUCCAACGAAACAAUCGGUACCCUUUCCUUCCUGACAUCAGAGAUCAAGUCACUGUUCGUGCACCCCUUCCUGGCCGAGCGCAUUAUCUCCAUGCUGAACUACUUCCUACAGCACCUGGUUGGCCCCAAGAUGGGCGCUCUCAAAGUCAAGGACUUCAGCGAAUUUGACUUCAAACCUCAGCAGCUUGUAUCAGACAUCUGCACUAUCUACUUAAAUCUUGGGGAUGAGGAGAAUUUCUGUGCCACUGUGCCCAAGGAUGGCCGUUCCUAUUCCCCUACUCUCUUUGCACAGACAGUCCGAGUCCUGAAGAAAAUCAAUAAGCCUGGGAAUAUGAUCGUGGCUUUCAGUAACUUGGCAGAGAGAAUCAAGUCUCUUGCAGAUCUCCAGCAACAGGAGGAAGAGACAUAUGCAGAUGCCUGUGACGAGUUCCUGGAUCCCAUCAUGAGUACACUGAUGUCUGACCCUGUGGUGCUUCCAUCUUCCAGAGUCACUGUGGACAGGUCCACCAUUGCCAGGCAUUUACUCAGUGACCAAACAGAUCCUUUUAACCGUAGUCCCCUUACCAUGGACCAGAUCCGGCCAAACACAGAACUCAAAGAAAAAAUCCAGCAGUGGCUCGCAGAGAGGAAGCAACAGAAGGAGAGACUUGAAUAAAUACUGUGAACUGAACAACCCAAACCAGCCCCAGGAUGUAAACAGUUGUUUGUGGGUUCUCUUUCUGGCUCUGAUCCUUCCUUCCUUCUUCCUUCCUUCCUUCCUUCCUUCCUUCCUUCC